AUGACCCAGAUUUUUAGGUGAACUGAACUUUUGCGCGCGAUUGGAAGAGAUCUUUGCGUCUUUUUUUUGGCGAAUUCUGAAGGCGAAGCGGACGAUGACGUCGUUCUAGAAAGGGUCAGAAAACAAUUUUGUCGCUGGGUUGGGUCACAAGUCACGAAUGAUUGGAACUGGAAAUGAAAUUACGAAUGGACAUUUUUCGAUGUUGUUGUCGCUGGAGAAACAUGUGAAAGAAGUGUCGCUCCUGAAAGAGUUGUUGGAAAUUUUUUGUGAAAUUGAAAACUACAUCCGGACCCGACUUUUGUGGCCUAGUGGUCCCCGGGUUCAAUCCCCGGCGGGGUCAAACUAUUUUUGCUAACGUUAUACAUCCCUGAUAUGCGUCUACCAUGCCAUAAAACGAACGAGUUUUCAGAGAAAUCCUGUCGGUCGCCAAAGAGUUUCAACGUCGUGGAAUCGCCUCGAAACUGAUGGAAGCCACGGAAGAUGUCAAGAAACUUCGAGAAUUUGAACUCUCCGGAAUCGGCUCCGAGAUUUCAUCGCUGGCCAAUCAGUGCUUGAUGAGUCGGAGGGGCUAUCAGGUUGGUCGGGAGAACCUCAACUUUUGUAAUGGGUUUUCAAAGUUUCCCAAUUUCAGAAAGUCACCGAAACGCUUUUGUCGUCGGAAUGCGGUCCCGACGGAUCUCAACUGCUGGUCCCUGACGACGGAACCGAUCGAGUCAUCCUUGUCUACAAAGAAUUAUAA